AUGGGUGUUGUAGGAGAGGUGGAAGCGGUCGUUGAAGAAGUUGAAAUUGUGGCAAAGGUGGUGGAAAAGGUCGCCACCAUGGCGGAGAAGGUGUCGGCAGACGUGGCGGAGAAGCUUCCAGAUAAUGGAAUAUUGAAGGAAGCAGCUCUCUUUGUAGAAAAUGUAUCUACUGCCACUGCCAAGGAUGCUGAAUUGACCGAAAAUUUUAUUCACAAGUUUUUAUUUAAUUUGGAUUCACCGGUUGAGGAAUUGAAGGGUGACUUGACAGACUUGGGAACAAUGGUUGAGCCUGUUAUUGAUAAGAUCAUACAUAGCAAAGGAACAUAG